UUCUUUUCCUAAUUUUCCUUCCAGUAAAUAACAGCAUUAACUUAAGGCAGUCCUAUUUCUUUGAAAUGAAGAAAUCCGUGUCAAUUAAUUGUGGAUUCAAAGACUGCCUCACAGCAGGAAAAACAAUCAAUAUUACAAUGGUUCCGAAAGAGGUUAAUUUAACAGUAGAAAUAAGGAAAAGUUCACCAUACCUCGUGGGAGAUUUUGGUCAUCUGAGCUGUGUUUUUGAUUUCGAAUUUUCGAACUUUUCAUGGUCGAGUCCCUCAUUUUGGUGGACUAAAGAUGGACUCAACCUAACCCUGUCUGAUGUUUUCAUGAGUCAAGAAUGUAAUGGCCACAGAUGUGAAUCUCAACUCAACAUGAAAACAGUGGACUUUCAACACGAAGGUGAAUAUGCCUGUGAGGCAGUAUUGGAUGAGUUGGACUUCUACGGCACUGGUACAGCAAAUGCUUCUGUUAAGGUCUGGGAAAAACCUAUCAUUGUAAUGGAACCUAAUGUCACCACUGUCCAAAAGUAUGAAAAUAUCUCAAUCAGUUGUUACAUUGUAAACGAAGACAAAGCCUAUCUUCUUCAAAAUGAUUCCUUGAAGUGGUGUUUUGCUGAUGGCAGUGAAAUAGCAGACGUUGGUAAAUAUACUGAAAUUAACCAGACCUACUCAUUUCAAGUGAAAAAAUCCAUUAAAAUUCACUGUGGAUUAAACAAUUGCUCAGCGGCUGAAAAAUCAUCAGCGAUCACAAUGGUGCCAAAGCGUAAGUUUCAUAUUGUUUAG